CUGCAGAAUAGUCUGUAAUCUGCGGCACCGCGGGGCUGGAUACCCGGGGCUACCCGCCCCAGCCCGCAGCACAGGCACCGCCGGAGAGGGGGGCAGAGCCCAAGGAGAGCCCGCAGUGAGCCCAGCCAUCUCUCUGCCAUGGAUACCACGGGUGUACCGCUCCAGGCCGAGAUGGUGGAGCUGGUGCCCAACGGGAAGCACACAGCCGCGCUCACCACCUCCACCAUGGCCUCGCUGGCAGGUGACAGGUUUGAGGAGAACCAGACUGACACAGCAGAGAUGGAGGAGUUCCUGCCCCAAGGUGCCAAGAAGAAGCAGACGCACUUCACUGAUUUCGAAGGGAAGACGUCUUUUGGGAUGUCUGUCUUCAACCUGAGCAACGCCAUCAUGGGCAGCGGCAUCCUGGGACUGGCCUAUGCCAUGGCCAACACUGGCAUCAUCCUCUUCCUCUUCCUCCUGACAGCGGUGGCCCUGCUCUCCAGCUACUCCAUCCACCUGCUGCUCAAGUCCUCAGGCAUUGUGGGCAUCCGUGCCUACGAGCAGCUGGGAUACCGAGCCUUUGGCACACCAGGGAAGCUGGCUGCGGCCAUUGCCAUCACGCUGCAGAACAUCGGAGCCAUGUCCAGCUACCUGUACAUCGUCAAAUCCGAAGUGCCUCUCGUCAUCCAGACCUUCCUCAACCUGGAGGAGAAGACCACGGACUGGUACAUGAAUGGGAAUUAUCUGGUGAUCCUGGUUUCCCUCACCAUUAUCCUGCCCCUGGCCCUCAUGAAGCAGCUGGGUUACCUCGGCUAUGCCAGUGGCUUCUCACUCAGCUGCAUGGUCUUCUUCCUCAUCUCGGUUAUCUACAAGAAGUUCCAGAUCCCCUGCCCACUCCCUGAACAGGAAGGGAACCUCACGGGCAGCCUCAACUCCACCUCUGUCAGCACCAGUGACUACCAGAAUGGCUACACCGUCCUCCAGGCCCCUGAGCAGGGCACCUGCACCCCCAGCUUCUUCACCCUCAACUCCCAGACAGCAUACACCAUCCCCAUCAUGGCCUUUGCCUUCGUCUGCCACCCUGAGGUGCUGCCCAUCUACACUGAGCUGAAGAAUCCCUCCAAGAAGAAGAUGCAGUGCAUCUCCAACAUCUCCAUCACGGUCAUGUACCUCAUGUACUUCUUGGCUGCGCUCUUUGGCUACCUCACAUUCUACGACCGGGUGGAGUCGGAGCUGCUGCACACCUACAACAAGGUGGACCCUUUCGAUGUGCUCGUCCUGUGUGUGCGGGUGGCUGUGCUGACAGCUGUCACCCUGACCGUCCCCAUCGUCCUCUUCCCUGUGCGCAGGGCCAUCCAGCAGAUGCUGUUCCAAGGGAAGGACUUCAGCUGGAUCCGCCAUGUCACCAUUGCUGUGGUUCUGCUGACCUUCAUCAACCUCUUGGUCAUCUUUGCUCCCUCUAUCCUUGGCAUCUUUGGCAUGAUCGGUGCCACUUCUGCUCCCUGCCUCAUCUUCAUCUUCCCUGCCAUCUUCUACAUCCGCAUCAUGCCCAAGGACAAGGAGCCACUGCGCUCCACUCCCAAGAUCUUGGCUGCCUGCUUUGCCCUCCUUGGAGUGCUCUUCAUGAUCAUGAGCUUGAGCUUCAUCAUCAUUGACUGGGCUACAGGAGGGGGGAAGAGUGGUGGCAGCCACUAGCCAGCAUUGGGUGCCCACACCAACCCCUCCCACCCCACCGGUGCCCCAGGGACAGCCAGCCCUGGGCUCAGCCCCUUGCCAUGGCCCCAUGGGCUUCCCCAGGGACCUUCUGCCAUUGCUGCCCAUCACCCAUGGUGGUGGUGAGGGGGCAUGAGCCAUGGCAGGCACGGGGAUUCCCCUGACCUAUGCUCACGAUGGGGCAGAGAGCCUGGGGCAGGUGUGUGCCCCCUCCCUGUUCCAGCAGGUCUCCUCCCUGCCCCACACCUCAGUUUCCCCAUCUGUAAAAUGGGAAUAACACUGCCCUACCUCAGCAGGAGCUGGCUGUGCAGUGGAGCUCAGGUCUGCGCACCUAGAGCCGCCAGCAGCAGGUACUGCCAGGGGUGUGGGGAAAGGGGGCACUUACCUGGCCCCCCAGACAGCAGCCAGAGCCCUGAUGAACAGUGUGGGGAGCUGGAGCCUGUGCCCAAGGCACACAUCCUCUCCUGGUCCCCAGAGCGAUGCCACCCCACUCCCCCUGCAUCAUGAGGGCACCCUGGUUGGGCAGUGUGGCCCUGCCGCUGUGGCUGAUGGUACCAGCCCGCUGCUCUUGAGCCUGCUGAGGACACGGUUGGCUCCCAGUACCCGCGGAUGGGACCCCAGUGACCUCCAGGCCAUGCAUGGGGACCAGCAGGAUUGCUCUGGGGAGGUCCAUGCAGGCAGGGGCCUGGCCCUACCGAGGGGUGCAGGUUGGGGGAUGCUGGGGACAGCUGUCAUGUCGGCCAGCUUGGGGGCUCCAGAGCCAUCUCCCUGUCUGCGUGCCCAGAUGCCAGGGUGAUGGGCACCCACACAACCCAAGCUGGCCCUGCUAGCAUUGCACCUAGGCCCAGCACCCGGGCACCCACAGCCCUCUCCUGUCCGCCCAUCCAUCCACUUGUACAUGCCGCUGGGACACCCCAUGUCAUGCCAAAACCUGGAGGGUGGGUCUCCCACUCCCUGCCUCCCUUCCCAGGGUGGGAGGCAGCCCAGCAGGGUGGGCAGCGUGGGGCAGGGGGGCUGUCCCACAGUGAAGUACAUAAGAGAUGUAUUUUUUUACAGGGGUGGUGGAGGCUGGGAUGCUUUUUAUAAAUACUGUAUAUAAGAGUAGAUCUUUUUUAAAGUGUUGUGUCGCUCUGGGUAGCUCUGU